CAGGCAGAGAGCUCAUGGUGUUGGCAUCCAGAAGCACAGAGAAGCCUUCAACUCUGGACUUUUCUCUCCAUUUUCCCUCCUUCCCGGAGCAAUGUCCAGAGACAUAGUCUACGCUGACAUCAAACUUCCGGGGAAAAAUCCUUCUCCUUCCAGCCUUUCAGCCCCAUCUCAAACCCAGGAUUCCCUCCAAAGCGGGCAGAGGAUCAGGGCUGCUUUGAAAGUGGCAUGUGUUGUGAUCGUUCUCCUCCUGGGGGCAGUUAUCGCGCUGAGCAUCCUAGCGGUCCCCAGACGACGAACGUGCCCGGUGGACUGGAAGAUGUACCGAGGACAAUGCUAUUGGUUUUCCAAAAAUAAUGAAAAGAAAACAUGGAACCAGAGCACCGCAUUCUGUGCAGAAAAGAAGUCAAAUCUGCCAAAGAUUCAGAACAUAUGUGAUCUGGGCUUCCUGUGGUCACAGAUCCCACCCUCAACUUUUUUUCGGAUCGGGCUGCACAUUCUGAGACCUGGGGCCAACUGGACCUGGCUGGACGGCUCUGCCCUCGACUGGAGCCUGUUCCAGGUUAAAGGCUCAACUGGAAUGAACACAUGUGCUGUGCUCUCACGAGAUGGAAUUUAUUCUGAAAACUGUGAUGCUGAAAAUCCCUGGAUCUGCCAGCAGUAGCACGGCCGGCCCCGAGCCCAAGGGAGGUUCUUGUUCCCUGGCCCUGUGUCUGAAGGAGAUGCACAGAAAGCAAGUGCCCUCCCUCCCUCUGAUCCCCGGAUGUCCCAGCAUUCCUGGGCUUGGGGGAGAGGACAGAGAAUAACCUCUGGGUUCUUCCUUUUCAUUCUGUAGCUGAGUAGGGUGGUGACUAAAAGAAACAAAUUGCCCUUGGAGGAGGAGGAGGAAGAGAGAAUUGCAUUUCCAACCCCAUUCCUCCUUCCCUCCCUGGCACUGGUGGGAGGAAUCUGAAUCUUGAGGAAGAGAAGUAUUCAAACUCAGCUUCUUGAGUUCUCCCAGAUAUAUCUACAAUGCCCCGUGGGCCAAUUGAUGACUCCUCGGUGGACACAUCUACCCGAAGAACCACCCGAAGAACCCCGCGGGAUGGUUUGCUAAAGGGAAGAGGGCUUUCAAGAGCCAGCCUGUGACUCUAAGAGCAAGGCCUAAGCUUCAUUUUCAGUCUAAUGAAAGGAGCUUGUAAACCUGGAUUUCAUAAUUAACCUGGGAUCCAAGGCUGAGCUUGUCAAGGCAGAGCAGCAGGCUGGGGGGCUUGAUUCAUCAUGCAAGACUUCUCAUUGGCCUGGGAGUCUAUGUGAUGGACAGCUGCUGCCCUGGACUGAAAUUAACCCUGUGUGGCCCUGGGCUUUGCUGCCAGCAGGCCUGCACACCGGGAUCUGCUCUGAGAAUCUCCCAGUCGGCAGCGGAGAGGGGCUGGAAAAUCCGAAAGACUGUGACACCAACGUUCCUGGGCCGAGAUGGCCGAUGGGACGAGCGUGUUCUGUCUGACCUGGCCACGACGCCUUACGAUUACUCUCAUGUCAUUCGUGCUGUCGGCUUGGCUUGUCUUGAGUAGAAAAGUAGCCAGAACCAAGUUGCCAGAAGGAACUUUCCCCCAAAACACUCUUGUCUUAACAUGGACGUGAUCACUGAAGUCCUGCUUAACUUUAGACCUUACGACAUUUACAGAGAUCAAAAGAAAACAAGGAUUACUAUUUAAAUUGCCCGGCUAGGGUUUCCCUAACAAAUACUUUCUACUAAAGGUAGCUUUACGUUUCUACCAGCAGUGUACUGUUUCACCCAGACGAUGUAUACUGGCUGUGAUUUGUGCUAAGAUCUGAGAUGCUGGAAUCACAAUCAUUCAUUCUUUCAA